GGCGUGCUGGUGUCGCUGUGCAUAUACGGAGUGCUGCAGGAGAGGCUCAUGACCAUCCCGUACGGCGGGGGGAGCGGCGACGACUCGCCCCCGCCCGAGUUUUUCCGAUCGUCCAUCUUUCUCGUCCUCAUGAACCGGCUGGUCACGGUGUCCGUCAGCGCCACGGGGAUCUUCCUCACCGGCGAACGGUUCUCCCCGAAGGGUACACCCCUGGAGCUGUACGCCAUGAUCGCGUUCGGCAACCUGGUCACCACCGUGUGCCAGUACGAGGUGCUCAAGUACCUCUCGUUCGCGGCUAGCACGCUGGCCAAGUGCGCCAAGAUCAUCCCGGUGAUGUGCUGGGGCCGGCUCAUACUGAACAAGCGGUACAGCGCCGCGGACUUCGUCUCCGCGUUCGUCGUCACCGCGGGGUGCUUCAUAUUCUUUGUCGAUUCGCUGCUCCCCCGCGGGCAACUGCACCAGCUGGCGCUCGGCGUGGUGAUCAUGGUGGUGUACCUGGGCUUCGACGGGUUCACGUCGACGUUCCAGCAGAUGCUCUACCGCCGGUACAGCACCAGCAUCCUGAACCAGAUUUUCUUCACCACGUGUUUCUCGUCGUGCAUGUCCACCGCGUGGCUCUUAACCACCGACCAAGUCCCGGGCGUGAUUCAGUUCAUAAAGGUUCACCCGGAGUGCGUGCAGGAUAUCUUCACGCUGUCCGUGUCCAGCGCGGUCAGCCAGUUUGCGAUAUCCUACACCAUAUUCUGCUUCGGGGCGGUGACGCUGGCGUCGGUGAUGACGUUCCGACAGUUCAUCUCCGUCGUCAUCUCGUGCUUCCUCUUCGGCUCCCCUCUCACGCUCGCGCAGUGGUUCGGCGUGUGCCUGGUGCUC